AGAGACGUCAGCGAGGACCACUUUUUUCCCCUCCGAAGGGCCCACCCCGUGGGUGGAGUCUCGCGUUUUCCGUCCAGUGUUGGCUGACUUACAGCUCCAGAAACUAGUGGCAGUUUGGGGCCCAGCCUGCUCCUGUCUGCUCCCUAAGUGCAGGCGUCCAGGCAGCCGGACACGAGACACUGUCCUGGGCGCUGGCCGUUUUUCCCCUCUGGAGAUCCACCGCUGUGGUUAUUUAUUUACUUUCCAACAAAAGCAGCCCCUCGCCAUGGACCUCGCUGGAUUGCUGAAGUCCCAGUUCCCCUGCCACCUCAUCUUCUGUUACGUAUUUAUCGCCUCGGGGUUGAUAAUAAACAGCAUUCAGGUCUGCACACUUCUCCUCUGGCCCGUCAGCAAGCAGCUCUUCAGGAGGAUUAACUGCAGGCUGUCCUACUGUAUCUCCAGCCAGUUGGUGAUGCUGCUGGAGUGGUGGUCAGGGACAGAGUGCACCCUCUACACAGACCCCCGUGACUACCCCAAGUACGGAAAGGAGAGCGCCAUUGUGGUUCUGAACCACAAGUUUGAAAUUGACUUUCUCUGUGGCUGGACCUUGGCCGAACGAUUUGGGCUCCUACCGGCCUCCAAAGUUCUGGCCAAGAAGGAGCUGGCAUACGUCCCCAUCAUCGGCUGGAUGUGGUACUUCCUCGAGAUGGUCUUCUGCAAGCGCAAGUGGGAGGAAGACCGCAAGACAGUCCUGAAGAGCCUGCUCAAUCUCCGUGAUUACCCUGAGAAAUUUUUUUUCCUGAUCCACUGCGAGGGCACUCGCUUCACGGAGAAGAAGCACCAGAUCAGCAUGCAGGUGGCCAAGGCCAAGGGGCUGCCCAGCCUCAAGUACCACCUGCUGCCGCGCACCAAGGGCUUCGCUGUCACCGUGCGGAGUUUGAGAAAUGUAGUUUCAGCUGUAUAUGACUGUACACUCAAUUUCAGAAACAAUGAAAACCCAACACUGCUGGGAGUCCUAAAUGGAAAGAAAUACCAUUCGGAUUUAUAUGUGAGCUGCUGUCUUGCAGGCGGAUUCCCCUGGAAGACGUCCCCGAGGACGAGGACAAGUGCGCUGCCUGGCUGCACAAGCUCUACCAGGAGAAGGACGCCUUCCAGGAGGAGUACUACAGGAGAGGCGUCUUCCCGGAGACCCCCAUGGCGCCACCCCGGCGGCCCUGGACGUUGCUUAACUGGCUGUUCUGGGCCUCGCUGCUGCUCUACCCUUUCUUCCGGUUCCUGGUCAGCAUGGUCAGCAGCGGGUCCUCCCUGACGCUGGCCAGCUUCGUCCUCGUCUUCUUCGUGGCGUCCGUGGGAGUGCGAUGGAUGAUUGGUGUGACAGAAAUCGACAAGGGCUCGGCCUAUGGCAACGCCGACAACAAGCAAAAACCAUGACUGCUAAGGCAUCUUCAGAGGGACCUUGGGGACUGGUGACUGUGUGUGAAUCUGCUUGUAGGGCACGGUGACACAGCCGGCCGACCUCCGCUGAGAAGAGCCACGUCAGGACCUGGAGCAGCCUGGUCUCACAGCCCAAGGGGAGCAAGAUGUGCGGCGUCUCUUGUGCCCACUCGCUUUCCUGGGUUUAGGUUUUCUUCCUUUUCCUGUGUGUGUAAGUGUGUUUGCGUGCGCGUGCCCGCAAAUGUGACGGGAGUGAGUGUGUGCUGAGUGUGAGCCUUGUUUAGUGAAAAUCCACAGGGAUUUAGGCCACAGGGGGAGGGCAGGGAUGGGGAGCGAAGGGGGAAAGGGUUCCCCUUCGUCCUUGGUGCUGAGUUUUCUGUAACCCUUGACUGCCAGGAGAAUGAGGAGCGUGCUUUAGGUGAGACGGCAAAAUUACACCUCCAAAAAAAUUAAA